AUGAAAUUAUUGAAUGAUGAUGAAUCACUUGAUCUUUUAUGUGGUCAUACCUUCAUAUCCAAAUUUCCUACAGAAGGUUUCAAGAAGCUGUCAGUACAGGCAGUACACCAUUGUGAAGGAAAUCCACUGGCUCUUGAAGUGUUGGGUCGCUUGCUAGCAGAGGAGAAUAGCCUCCAAUAUUGGAAAAGUACAUUAAGGUCAUUUGAAACAGAGAUUGCUUUUGGAAUUCAAUGCAUACUCCUUAGGAGCUACGAGUUGUUGCCACAUCACUUUAACAGACAGUUGUUUUUGCAUAUUGCUUGUUUCUUUGUUGGAAAAGACAAGGAUUAUGUGGAAAAGAUAUUGGAGGAUGAUUGCUCUGCAAUCUCUGGAAUCAAAAUCCUUUCCAACAGAUGCCUUCUUUCUGUUUCACCGAAGAAUAAACUGAUGAUGCAUAACUUGCUUCAGGAGAUGGGAAAAGAUAUAGUUCGUCAAGAAGCAUUAAAAUUCCCUGCAAAACGUAGUAGAGUCUGGCUUAGUAGCGACUCUUAUAAGAUAAUGAGCAAAGGAGAGGGUUCGGAAACAGUGGAAGGUCUGGCACUUGACAUGGAAAUGUUAAGGAAAGAGGAAUUUCCAGUCAAGUCAUUAAAACUAAAGACAGAUGCACUUAAAAACAUGGAUAAACUAAAACUGCUCCACUUUAAUCUUGUGUAUCUUGACGGGUCCUACGAGAAUGUUUCAGAAGAUUUAAGAUGGCUCUGCUGCAAAUUGGAAGUAUUUGAACCGCCCAUGGUUCUUCAAUCACUGAAGAUUCUAAAUCUUAAAGACUCAUACAACCUAGUCGAAAUCCGCAACAUGUCCAGGAUCCCUCAUCUUGAGACUUUGAUUCUUUGGAACUGUCACAGUCUUGUUCGUGUUUGUGAUUCCAUUGGACAACUGGCUAGUCUUGCACUACUGAACAUGACAGGCUGUAAAAAGGUUUGUAAGAGCCAGAAAAGAAAUGCAUUAGUGAGGCUAGUAGCUUCUAGUUUUAGUGGAGGAGUUGCAGAACAGCCUACCUUUUCCUUCCCACAAUCAUUAAAACAGUUAUUCCUCAAGGACUGCCAUCUCGAGUGUACUGAUUUUUUUCCUUUGAAUUUCCGUUUUCAAACAUCAUUGAAAUACUUGAAUUUAGGCAAUAGUCUAUUUGAGCUUCUGCCUUGUUAUGAACAUCUUAAAAGUCUCCGGGUUCUUGACUUGAGUUUGUGCUUAAGACUCAAAUGGAUUCUAUGUCUCCCAAGCACACUUGCAGAAUUGUAUGUAUACUACUGUAAGUCAUUAGAGAAAAUAAGUUUCCAAUCGCAUCGAUUCACAUUGCAAGAGUUUGGCUAUGAAGGAUGUAUUAGUCUGUCUCAAAUCGAAGGCUUUAUCAAAUUGGUUCCUAUAGCCAAACUUGAAGAAAAUGAUUUGGGACACAUGAACUGGCUAAAAGAAUAUCAAAAUCGUGAGGUCUGCCUGGUUGGUGAUGAUGAGCUCACCAAAGGCAGAAGUCCCUGUGUCCAGGUUUUAUAUGAAUUUGGUAUAAUGAGCACAUCUCUGCCAGACAUAAAGGAUCCAAACAUGAAGCCCAAGUAUGUAUCGGAACUAUCGUCUUUAUCCUUUGAGGUGCCUUCGUGUCCAAUGAAUAGGAAGCUCAAAGGACUUGAUGUAACUUUCAGAUAUACAAUAUCAGGUGACGAUUAUUUGGCAUGGUUCUGUAAAAUCAGUACAACCAAUGGUGUUGAUUUGAUGUACAACCCCAAAGUCUUUGGAAAACCUAAAUUCGGUAAUGUUGGAAUAUGGUUAAGCUAUUGGCCAAUUGGAAACACAUUGGACAUUGGAGAUAUAGUUAAUGUUUCUAUUGUUGUGAUGAGUGGAUUGGAGGUACAGGAAUGUGGUGUGAGCCUUGUUUAUGCUGAUGAAAAUGUAACCAAGGAAACCUUGAAAAAUAACAUGGACUGGGAAGAAAUUCUUGGAGGAGAUUUGUUUGGAUUUCAACUCAGCACAGGAGCAUACUAUCUUUGUCGUCGUGAUUUCUAUGAGUUGAUGGAGGUUGGUAAACUGACUACUGAUUGGUUUAGAAUUUUAGUUGGUGAUACCAUUGACAAUACUGAGGUACGGGGAUGGAGAAAGACAGGUAGACCUAAGCAGUUGAAUCCAUCAUUUACCGAGUUGAAAAUUGUUCAAUGCAUCAUCCAUGGUCCUCAAUUGGAGGAAGUUUACAAGAUCGCAAAGAUGCCGAAAUCAUCUUUUGUAGAUAAAACUUUGGAGUUCACAUCAAGCAUGUUUCGGAAGACAAUGAAAUCUUCCACAUCAUCCAAAUCUAGCGAUACAACAAUAGAGAAAAGGUCUCUGAAAGUGGUUCUGAAAGUGGAUUUUACGAAUGAUAAGGAAAAAAUAAAGGCGCUCAAGAAAGUUUCCAGACUUUCAGGGAUCGAUUCCAUAUCUGCAGACAUGAAAGACAAGAAAUUAACGGUGACCGGGGACAUUGAUCCAGUUCAGAUUGUCGCAAUCCUUAGAAAAUCUUGGCACACAGAAUUAGUGGCUGUUGAACCAGCCAAAGAAGAAAAGAGGGAUGGAAAGAAAGAAGAGAAGAGGGAUGGAAAGAAAGAAGAUAAGGAUGAUGAUCAGAAGAAGAAAGAAGAAGCUCUUUUGGAAGCUUACAAGAGCUACAAUCCUUACAUGCCACAGUAUUACUCUACUCACAGUGUAGAAGAGAAUCCAAAUGCCUGUGCUAUUUGCUGA